GGCAGAUUUCAGUAGGCCGAGCCGCAGCUACAGGCAACAUUAAAAAAAACGGGAAAGAAAAAAAAAUCCCAGAUUAAGAAAAUUUGUCCCGAAGAAUCUUCAUCCAUCCUUUUAGAUUUGAACAUCAGGUGGAAAUAUUUCUAAAUAUCUGAUAUAAAGUGAACGCGACACGUUGAUUCGAAACAGACGGUACAGAGGAAGAGGCGCAGAGAAAAAUUUCCAUACUCGAUGACAUUUCAUCGCAAUGUCCGAUCGUUUGGGGCAAAUAACCAAGUCCAAGGAUGGGAAAAGCAAGUAUUCCUCGCUCAGCCUAUUUGACAAGUACAAGGGAAAGUCAAUAGAAACUCAGAAAACCACAGUUGUUGCUCGACAUGGCUUACAGAGUCUUGGUAAAGUGGCCGCUGCCCGGCGCAUGCCCCCUCCCGCUCACCUGCCGAGCCUGAAGUCCGAGAACAGAGGAAACGAUCCAAACGUGAUUAUCGUGCCCAAAGACGGAACAGGAUGGGCGAACAAGCAGGAACAACCCGAUCAAAAGAGUUCCGUUGCGUCGACAGCACAGCCGCCGGAGUCGCAGCAGCCGCUGCCUUUGCAGAAAUCCGUCUCCAAUCUUCAGAAGCCAACAGCGGCAGCCAGCCAGGAGAGCACAAGCACCGGUGGACCAAAGCAAUGGGCACAACUAAAUGGAAAGGCACUAGAUCAAGAUGGUUUAAGGGCCUCAAACCGACUGCAGCCCUUCUCUCACGAGGAAUUUCCGACGCUGAAAGCAGCAGGAGAACAGGACAAGGCUGGCAAGGAAAAAAGCGCCUUCGAUCCGUCGUAUGGGCCAGGACCAAGCCUCCGCCCUCAGAACGUGACGAGCUGGAGGGAGGGUGGAGGGAGGUACCUGCAGCCCCCAUCUCUGUCCUCAGCCCUCUCCUCCGAUCCAGAGGGCAAACCCAGUGCCUCUCCUGAGGCUACCACUCCUCUUCCUCCUCCAUCCUCAUCUUCCGCCUCCUCUUCUUCCUCUUCCACCAACGCCGUCGCCGUCACCCCCACCGCCACCGCGGCGUCUCCCGACCCGAAGGAUCCUUCUCUCCGCCCGGCUCCGCCCACACGCCGACCGACGCCGGGUCUGCAGUAUCAGCUCCAUCACUCCUCCACCACCACCUACCACGACAUGCUGCCUGCCUUCAUGUGUCCCAAGGAGAUUCGUGAUGGUCCGGGUUCUUCGGAGCACGGCUCUGCUGCUGCUGUUGUUGCCCCAAUGCGCUUUGAUGCUCGACCCACCUUUAGACCCACAUACCCUCCUCCUGAACCCGUCAACGGAGACGUGCGGAGAGAGAACCGCUUCCCCCGAGUCCCGCCUCGUCCCUCUCCCCGGCCGAUUCGGCGUCCCGGAGACCGGCCUUCCCGUCCCGCCAUCAUCAACCCCGACGAUCUGAAAGACCUGGACGACCUGGACAACGACUGCGAGGACGGAUGGGCAGGUCUUCACGAGGAGGUGGAUUACAGCGAGAAGCUCAAAUUCAGUGACGAUGAAGAGGAUCACUCCCCCAGCGAGAAGAGCAAGAUCUGGGGAGAGUGGGAGUCUCGUCGCGACCGCCAAUCGUCCAUGAGCUCAGACGGUCAGGAAGACGUGUACCAUCACCAGCACGAUCCUUUGCCUUCCAGAAAAACCAACAGCAGAUACGGCUCCGCAGACUCGCAGCCGCAGCAGAAGAGCAGCGGCGCGAGCGCGUCCGUCGAGGAACAGGACGAGCCUCAGCGUUCCGCUCCUCCUCCUCCUCCUCCUCCUCCUCGGGGAAAAUUCGUCUCGCCGGACGUCUCCGAGGCCGUGGAGAGGGCGCGUCGGAGGCGUGAGGAAGAGGAGAGGCGAGCCCGAGAGGAGAGGCUGGCCGCCUGCGCCGAGAAACUCAAGAAACUGGAUGAGAAAUUCGGCAAGAUCGAGAGACCAGCGCAUUCCGGAGACGCACAUGGAGCGGAAAAUAAGGAGCUUUCACUGUCACCCGGGAGAGAGACGGCCAAACCUCACCAGGAAGCCUGGCAGCAUGGGAGUAAAGAUGUUUCCGAGCAGAAAUCCGACGCGCUCCACAGCCAGGAUUACCGAGACGAUUUCGGCUACAGGAGCGAGCACGACGGACCGGAAUACGCUCAGCGGCACCAGAAGGCCGUUCCGCCUCGCUUCCAAAAGCAGCAGCAGCAGCAGCAGCAGCAGCAGGAUCAGGUGUAUAAGAUGCAGCAGUGGCAGCAGUCCGGCUCCGGUCCUGCUCAGAGAGGGUAUUACCCCCCUCACGUGCUUGGGUUUGACCCCCGCUGGAUGAUGAUGCCCCCUUACAUGGACCCACGCAUUACCCAGGGACGCUCAACAGUCGAUUAUUACUCGCCUAACGUCCACUCCUCGGGCGUAAUGAAGCCGGCCGUGCAGCAGGAUCGCCUCAACAGCCCUGGGUCUGCCUCAGACGAGGGCUGCCAUCCCAGCAUGCACCAGGAAAGGCGAGCACUCUCUGCUGACACUUACUCAGUUUGGAGCCAAGAUGGCUACCCACCGGCACGCAGUUUCACCCCACCUUAUCAGAGACAGCACGAGAGCUCUGAGAGGAGUCAGGCAGACGACAGGAGUGACCGGUCAUGCUCUCAGCAGGACUUGUACGAAGAGAAAGGGAUUGAAGGUGUCGAAAGUCCUUCAGAAGAUCUCUCCCAUCAGGGCUACCGCCCAAGUCGAGGGUCCGACAUUCCUCUGGGUUCGCAGCGAGACGAAGAAGCGCCUCAGCCACCAGGACACAGCGAGUAUUUAAAACUCGAGCACCAGAAGGAGGUUUCCUCUAACCGACACCAGAGAGACAGUCUGGAUUCUCGUGACGAAGUGUGCGAAGACAAAGAGAAGAGUUUCGACUCUGGCUUCUGGAGGAAAGACGACUCUGGGAAGAAAGAUAAAGAUGCCGCGCAGUGGUCCGAUCAGGGGUCCAGCAGUAGCAGCGGGGGGGUUAACCAACCGUCCGAACCGAGCAGCAGAACCUUCAGGAGGACGGGUCCUAUCAAGAAACCGGUGCUCAAGGCCCUGAAAGUGGAGGACAAGGAGAACGAGAAGCCCAAACCUGAACCGGAAGAGAAGCCUGUUCCGUACAGACUCGAGAAGGAAGUCCUUACCAACGUCUAUGACCUGAAAAAGGACAAUCAGCCUUCAAUCAACCGGCAUCCAGCUCCUCCUGUGACCUCUCACGAGGAGAAGCAAAGUUCUCGGCCAAAAGUAGAGAAAUCGAGCAACCCGAGUGAAGAGUCCAACAAGGAGAAUGGCUGGGAUGGCAAUAAUUCCCAGGUGAAAGAGAACCCCGAAAGUAAAGAGCCUCCAGCGCCUCGCCGCAACAACUGGAUCUUUAUCGAUGAAGAGCAGGCAUUCGCUGGAGCCAGAGGGGCGGGACGAGGCCGCGGCCGAGGAUUCAGAGAGUUCAACUCGCGCGGCGGAGGCCGGGGAGGGCGUAGCGACAACAACAGAGGAAUGUACAACACCGGAAAUAUCCAGCGAUCAGGCCGGGGUCGAGGGUCUCGGGAUUUUGUCAAAACCGAGGAUUUGCAAAGAGGCAAACCACGAAGACGGAACAUGAGCGAGACUCUGAGCGAGGCCUCGGAAUACGAAGAGCUGCCCAAACGGCGCCGCCAGAAAAACGGAGAGAACGGAGAAGCUGCUUAUUCCACAUCCGGAGACACUAAAAGGGCAGAUAGGGAUUCCUGGAGGUCAAAUAAGGUCUACAAUAAUGACCAGAGCACCGGAGGAGAAGUGAGGGAAAAACCCAAAAUGAGAAGCUUCGGUCGGUCCCUCCCUCCACGCCUGAACACCGGAUACAACCGCGGGUUUGGAUCGAAGGAUUUUUCCACUUGGAGGGGAAGAGGGAACCAGUUUGGAGGUGGAUCCAUGCAGGAGAACGGCUACAACUUUACAAGCGACUCCUUCUCGAGAAAAUCUGCAGAAGGCGACUCUCUGAAAUACCCUCCAAAGUUCGCUUCGUCUUUCGCAGAGAACGGAGUCGAAGACCGAGAAGGCGACUACCAUCUCGAUAACGAUAAUUCGGACAACCGACCACUGAGGAGAAGACGCCCUCCUCGCCAAGACAAACCCCCUCGGUUUAGACGUCUGCGCCAAGAACGAGAAACCGGGGGUCAGUGGAACAGCGACGAGUACGUCAACGGGGAUUUCACGAAUCCUUGGCCGGGUCGAUCCAAACCCGGAGAAGACCAUUGGCCUGGUCAGUAUUCUGGAAAUCGGCAGCAGGAAUUUGUGCCUCAGGGUGAAGAUUGGGAGACUGGAUCGGAAAACAGCGACUUGAAUGACUGGAGAGAGAAACGCAGCGAAGCGCCUGUAGAUCCGGGCCACGGAGAGCCAGGCUCUGAGAAACGAGAGCUCUCCAAGAGAAGUUUCUCCAGCCAGCGCCCGCUGGCGGACCGACAGAAUCGUAAGAGUGACAUUCUGGAAAGCUCUAAGAUGUCUCGAUCCACAGACACUCCUUCCGGCGGCGGUUCUUCCAACCGAAACGACGGCUGGCAGAACGGCGUGACGAACAACUGCAGACGGAGUCCUGAGGACGCGGCUCCGGGCUUGAACGCAGGGCCGGUGUAUGGUGUGGAGCAGGCAGAGGACAGUCUCUCCUCCAGCACUACUGAAUCUUCAGGGAAGAAGCUGGAUAAAGAUCUAAAACCGAGGAGCAUGAAGGGAGACAUGUCUGAGUCUCUUUCACAGUAUGACCUCAACAGCUACCCGAUCGAAAGCGAUUCAGGAGUCUCUAUUCCGAGUCCCGACGGAUUCCAAGACGCCCUCGCCAAAAAGCAGCGGCGUCCACAGGACGACGAUCGAAGGAGGAAGGACCAAGGAGCAGCGGUAACGGUAAAGAACAGAUCAAUCGCUUCAAAAAUGCCUCCUCGUUUCGCAAAGAAGCAGGGCGGUAUCUCGAUCGAACAGCCCGAGGAAACUCUCUCGACAAAUAACCUCGGCACUGAGAUCUGGGAGACCAACAGCACAGCUCUUACAGUUCAGUCGUCUGGUGGAGACUCGUGGACGAAGCAGGUGUCGUACACCGGGAGUGAACCAAAUUCAGAGGAUUCGGACGCGGGGCCGGAGCAGAGCAAAGAGCACAAACCCGGGCCGAUCGGAAACGAGCGCUCGCUGAAGAACCGCAAGGGUUCUGAGGGAGUGGAGCGUCUGGAGGGCCCCAUCACCCCCGUUAACGGCGUGGACAUCCACGUUGAAAACGUCCUCCCCGUCCCACCCAUCGAGUUCGGAGUCAGCGCCAAGGACUCGGACUUCAGCCUCCCUCCGGGAUCGGCACCGGUGGCCGUGUCCAACCCGGUCACCAAGCUGCAGGACGCUCUCGCCAGCAACGCGGGCCUUGCUCAGGGCAUUCCUAUGCUGCGCAGAGAUCACCUGCAGCCCGGCAUCAACCUCAAUCCCAUUUCCUUCCCCACCACCGACCUCACACUCAAGAUGGAGUCUGCACGUAAAGCCUGGGAGAACUCGCAGUCCCUCCCCGAGCAGGGUUCUCCGGGCGGCGCCGGGUCCGUCACGCAGCCCCCCUGCAGCUCGUCCAGCGCCGUCAGCUACAGCUCGUUCGGUGGCGUCUCCAUGCCUCCCAUGCCCGUGGCCUCUGUCGCUCCCUCCGUCUCCAUGCAAGGUAAUCAUAUCCCCCCUCUGUACCUGGACGGCCACGUGUUUCCAAGCCAGCCUCGUUUGGUGCCGCCGACGAUGACUCAGCAGCAAAGCUACCAACAGGCUGCAGCCGCUCAGCAGAUCCCCAUCUCCCUGCACACGUCUCUACAGGCUCAGGCUCAGCUGGGACUCCGGGGCGGUCUGCCCGUCUCUCAGUCCCAGGAGAUGUUCAACUCCAUCCCCACUUUCAGGUCGCAGGUGUACAUGCAGCCCAGUCUGUCCCACCCGAGCGCGAUGGUGCUUUCCGGAGCAGGCCCUCUGAAAGGGCCGUACUCGGCGUUCCCCGGCAUGCAGCCCUCCGAGAUGGUGAAGCCGCAGUCCGGCUCGCACUUCCAGCCCAUUAACGGCAGCCAGGCGCUGGUUUACGACAGCACCAUGAACCAGGCGGCAGGAAUGGGCACGUCUCAGCUCAUGGACUCGCAGCUCAUUCAGGUGACGAUGCCUCUACCCGGCUCUCAGCUGCGUUACGGUUCGGCCCAGCAGCACCUGAUCCUCCCGCAGUCCAUCCAGCUCCAGCAGGGACAGAACCUGUCCGUGGGCGGCCCGCGCCGCCACGUCAUCCCCCCUGCGUCCCAGCCACCCGUCAUCACCGCCAGCCGAGAGCCGUCUCAGCUGGAGAUGAAAGGAUUUCAGUUCCCUGAUAAAGCCAGCCACUCACCUGGGAUACCUGGCGGCUCGUACAGGCCAGGUUCUGCCAGCCCCAGUGGGAAGCCGUCUGGUCCCGGUGGCCCCCCGACCGUCGGCCCGCUCCCUGGACAUUACGCUCAACAGGUGUUUACAUUCACAAAAGAAAAUCCCAACACACACCUUUUCAGCAUUCCGAACUAUUUGUUUUAUUGCCCCUCUUUAUUUAUUUAUAUUUUCCCCCCUCAGGUUCCCCCUCCGCAGGGCAACAUGGUGAUGCACAUGCGUACCCCUACCAGCGGGCCUUUCCCAAACCCCAUCCAGAGACCUGUAAUGCAGGUAAACAAGACAGUAAUUAUGCGCUCUACCCCUUACUCGAGCCCGGGCUGCGAUCCUCCCCACUCCACCCCCCCUUCCAACCCGGAGCCCCCUAGCAAGGGCGCAGAGGAGGGCACGAAGGUGAAGGUCCUCCGUGAGGCUCGGCAGGUUGUGUCCGAUCUGAAGGUGUCCUCUUCCACGUCCGUGAUUCCCGGGAAACUGCAGGAGGCCGCUGCAGCCGGACCGGGGAAGGCGAACCGCACUGGAGCCAUUAAACCUCAGAGCGUUAAAGUGGAGGAGAGCAAAGCCUGAUCACGGAGCUCACACACCCUUCACUUCAUCAUACAGAGGCUCUGAGCUCGAACCAAGGACACACACACACUCACGCGCGCACACACACACACACACACACACACACACACACACACACACACACACACUCUCUCUCCUCUCUCUCUCUCUCUCAUAUUAGUUUGGUUGUCAUUCGUCCUUCAUCCUUCACUGGACCACAGACUGAACCACAGGAGCACCAGAACGGGACACUUCCUGCUAAAGCACCGUAAAAAGAGAGAUAUAUAUAUAUAUAUAUAUAAAUAUAUCUAUAUAUAAAAAUGUAUACUAUAUUAUAUAUAUAUAUAAAUAUACAUAGACGUGUGAUAGCUUGGGACUCUUCUAAGCAGACUCUCUUCAAGAUCCUCGUUAUUUAUUUUCCAUUUCAAGAAGAAGAACGACGAAGAUUUAAAAAAAAAAAAAAGAAGGAAAGAAAGAAAGAAAAAAGCCUCACGGUGAGUUCUUUCGUGGCCCCUUUCGUCCCUUUCGCCAAAACCGCGAGGUCGGGCUGUAGUUUUCGAUCGGCGUGGCAGAGAAUCGAUGAACAUGUCUUGUUUAAGAACUGCAGUGUCAUUUUUACUGGAAACCAUGGAAUUUUAACCCCUUUUUUUUUGUUUUGUUUUUUUUUUUUUUUUUAAAUAAAUAUAUUAAAUAUCAUAAUCAGCGCCUAUUUGCUCUGUUAUGAAAGGGCACCUUUUACUCAAAUAAAACAAAAACUCUGUCCAACUCCGUAAUUUGAGGAUUUUUGUUCUAGAUGUAACACGGAAACUCCUAAAAGACUGAAGCUUAUUUUUUAAAUUUUAUUUCUAAUUUUCUUUCCCCUCAUGUGCAAAUGUAAUCUUUAAAUUUUUAUUAUUUUUUUUUCUCGGUCUUUUGAGUAACGUGUUAGUGUGUAAAGGAGUGUAAGUGCUUGUGUUUGUGUGUGAGAGAACUUCAUGAUGUAGUUCUUGAGCUGUUGGAAAUCUUAAGGGAGUGUGUGUGUGUAAACGUAGAGCACUUCAGCGUUAAAUUUUUUUUUCUUCCCUCUUUUAUCCAGUAGCUGACCGGAUAUGUUGCUGUAUAGGCAUUAGGGAUGGGUGAUGUCACAAAAAAAAAGUAUCAUCACGAUAUUUUUUUGCACAAGUAUUUUAGUUGUAACGACGUCGGUUAUGAACAAAAAAGAAAGACUGUAAAAGAUUAACGUUUAGCGCCUUCUGCUGCCUUCCUGGUGAAUCACGACUGCAUUAAGUGUCUGUUUAGUCGCUUUUUAAGGCAAAAAGGGGCGGAGCUCUUAGUUUCAGGGCCAGAAAAAUACAUUUCAAAGCCUGGAAUAAAAAAACAAAAAAAAAAAAA